ACGUGUAAUUUACACUUCUACUUCCCCCUAUUUAGGACACGUGUGAAAUAGCAGCCAUUUCUUAACUAGAAAUAGUGACAAAGGGUAAAAUACACAAAAAUGCAAGCAUUGGUAAACGCAUUUAUCCGUUGUCUUCAUUUUCUCCUCCCUCCCUCUUGGCUUCAUCUUGGGUUUUGCUGGUGGGUUGGGGAUGAGUGCGGAAAGAUGACAUGGCCCAAUCCCAGAGCUCGUUUCAAAAGCAGAUCGCUUCUUACAUAUCAGGAAGUAGCAAUACAAGACGGCUCUAUCCCCUCCGUCUCCCCAGCUCCUAGCUGCGUCUCGUUAGCUGCUAACUCCACGCCACCCCAGGGUUCUCCGUGGGGUAGAAUUUGGGGGCUCUGGCCAGCUGUGGAGCGCAUCUUCGGGACUUCCUUGACCAUCCACCGGUGUGGGUGUCAAAGGCCUCGAGGUGUAUGUGCCCCGUGUUCUGCAGACUUCAAUUGUUGUAGUACAAGGAAUAAAGGCAUUCAGGAAAGCACUACCACUGGUGUAGCCGAGGAGAAAGUGAACAAACCGGGAGAAAACGCAUUUAUUUCGGGUAAAAUGACGAGUGCCACCAUGGAGUUUCGGAAACAUAUCGAAUCUGUAUCAGGUUCGUCAGCGGGACGGGAAAUCGACGAGGUGAUAAUUGUGGAUCAACACCUGCAAGAGAUGGGGACUCAAGUGACGAUAACAGUGGCUAUUCAGGCGGCAGACGACGAGGAACCAGAGGAAGAGGUGUCCUCAAACAAUCUCGAUUUUCUCGGAGGCAGCUGUAGUGAAGACGAAUUUGGAAGACAUGAUAAAUCCAGUGGCGCUGGCACGAGUGGUGGGGAGCUGGAGGAGGAGAGCUGGCAGCCCCCAGACCCAGAGCUGACCCAGAAGCUGGUGGCCCAGAUCGAGUACUACCUGUCGGAUGAGAACUUGGAACACGAUGCCUUCCUGCUCAAACACGUCCGACGCAACAAGCUGGGCUUCGUCAGUGUCAAACUGCUCACCUCCUUCAAGAAGGUGAAGCACUUGACACGAGACUGGAGAACAACUGCAUAUGCUCUGCGCCACUCGACAAUACUUGAGCUAAACGAUGAGGGGCGCAAAGUGCGUCGCAGAUCAACAGUGCCCGUUUUUUCCAGCGAGUCUCUGCCAAGCCGCAUGCUGCUACUCAGCGAGCUGCAGAGCUGGCCAGAGCUGGGGGUUGCGAUGGAGGGUGUGGAUGGCGAUGGGCGUGAGGGCGGCACUACCCAACAGGAACAACUGAUGAAGCUGCUGCUGAAAGCGUUUGGAACAUAUGGAGCCAUUGCCUCUGUGAGGGUGCUGAAGCCUGGCAAGGACCUGCCAGCCGACCUGAAGAAGCUGAGUGGCCGCUACACACAGCUGGGCACUGAGGAGUGUGCCAUCGUGGAGUAUGAGGAGGUGGAGGCUGCAGUCAAAGCCAACGAGGCUGUGGUCCGCGAUGAAGGGACAGGGUCUCUGGGGUUGAAGGUGGUCCUGAUCGGCACCAAGCCUCCCAAGAAGAAGGUGCCCAAAGAUCAGCGUCAGUGCGACGAGGGAGGAGGAAUGAGGAAGAGCCACUCACUCAACAGUCGGGUACGGGAGCUUCAGUAUCUCGACGACUCUGCCUGUAGCUCCUCAGAUACUGAAAGCAACCCCACCUCCCCCAGACUGGCCCGCAAAUCCUGCUCUGUCAAUAAGCUAAGUCCCACUGGAGGGGGUGCCGCCUUCCAGAACAAUCACCUGAGCCCAGCUGUGUCCCCACGCACCAGCCCCUGGUCGAGCCCCCGGGCCAGCCCAUGCUCCCAACGCAAGUCUCCCCACUCCCAUAAGUCUCCUUUGGCCAGUGAGGGCAGACUAAGCCCUGAGGCUGGGCGACGUUGGGCGGACUACUCCUCAGACAGCAGCCUGACGCCGUCCGGUAGCCCCUGGGUCCAGAGGCGCAGGCAGGUGGCCUCCCAGGAGAGCAGCCCAGUAGGGAGCCCCAUGCUGGGUCGAAAGAUCCAGGGCGCAGACGGGCUUCCGCCAGGUGUAAUGCGUCUACCGCGUGGGCCUGAUGGAACACGUGGUUUUCACUGUGGUGUGUCCAUUGGUGUUGCUGAGAUGGGAGAGAAGACUGCUUCUACCCAAACCUGACACUCAGACCCCCCCUAUGCCCCCAGUUCUAAAGAAGUACACUGAGUACAGCGAUGAGAUUUGACCCAGUCCUUUGGCCACUACAUUGACAUUCUUCAUCCCCCACCCCACAUUUGAAUGAUCGUAGAUUUGUUCUGUUAUAGUUUGGAGUUUUGUCAGUAUUUGUUAUACUUUUAUACAAUAUUUUGUUUAAAAACAUGGUGAUGCCUAAUUUAUGAAAUAUUUGAGAUAUAUUUUGAGUUUAUGAAAUUCAAAGUUGAGUACUGUAUUUGACACCUCCAUUGCCAUCUGAGGAGUUGUGCAUGGGGUGGGCGGAGAUGUACUCCGGUAAUCCUAUUUUACUUUUUUUUUUUAUUGGAAAGUUUCCAGUGUCCUCAGUCUUAAAGUAUGUGUGUAAAAUCUCAUAACAUUUUGUAUGGAUGGUGUGAACAGUGUUAUGGGCACAUGGUGUGGAUAUCGCCAUAUGCCUUUUGCUAUAUUUGUCUAUUGUGAGUAUCAAUGUUAUUUGCUCCUUAAACUGUGGCCAUACUUUCCCUGCCAGAAGGUUGAACAGUUCACAUGGACUACUUUUUUAUUUUCCCCUUUUUAAUUGAGUUAUGUUUCCUGGAUGCCUAACUUGCUUCCACUCCUAGCUCUGCAAAAAUGAAAAAUACUGGGGGGGGGGGAGCCCUUCCUUGGCUGGAAUCUGUUUCUAUCAGUGUAUAGCCUUUGCCGAGUCCCCAACAACUGGAUGUUCUGGUUUCCAGGCGAAAUGGAAAGGGCCUGUGACACAACUUCCGCUUUUGGAUGUUAACAAGAUGCCACUCCAUCUUAACUCCUUCACAUGUACUGGAUUGGUUGAACAGUGUAGAAGAGAAACUCCCCUGACACUUAUUUUAUUUAAUUUAAUUUUUUUCUUGUCAAGAUCCAGUAUGUAGGGGAUCUGGUUUCAGGCAUUGCUUUUAUGCCUGCUACGUUGGGUUAAUCAGUGUGUAGCAUGCUGGUAGUGGGGUAUAUGAGUGAUGCAAUGUUCAGGUUUGAGUGUGCAAAAUGCAGAUGCUCUUGAACGCUUGCCUUGACAUCUGAGCUGGGGUAAUGUGCAGUGCAUUUUCUUUAUUGUACAAAAUAAAUCACUAAAAUUGCA